AUGCCAACCACUGGAGUCGACCUUCGUUACAAAGGGAGCUAUGGCGGUGCUGCAGCUGCGGAUUUUGUCCGCAGAAUCCAAGAUGCACUUCGGGACCUCAAUCAAAUAGCAGGCAGUCAACUGCCCCCUAUCAUGGAGCUUUCUCGGUUUAAGAGAGCCAUCAUUGACAACCCUCGCUGUGUUGCUUUCCUUCAAAAUCUCAAUUUCAAAGACUCCGAUACGCACUUCAUGCAGAAGAUCUAUGUGCAUCAACAAGCUUGCAAUUCACUGGAAAUACCAACAUCUACAACUUGCUCAGAGGUGCCUUCGUCAAACUACGCGAAAUACCCUCACAAGGAUACAUCGGACCCCUAA